UAGUAAGGAGCAGCAGAAGUCAGUGAAGACGAUGUCAGUGUGGGAGCAGAGGGCCAACCAGCUGAGGAGGCAGAACCGGGCGAGCUGCGAGGCCCUCUACAGUGAGCUGGAGCCUGAAGAACGUCUCCGCAUGUCCUCGGCCCUCCACAUCCGGCCUGACAUGAAGACCCACCUUGACCGGCCGCUGGUUGUUGAACCUUGUGACGGACCUUUGCUGGGCGGCCACCAUCGCCACCAUCACAAGACCUGCAUGCCAGAGGAGGCCGAGACUGCUGACCCUCCUCCAGUUACUCACCAGCCAUGCCUACACCACCGCCACAGAGACAGGGACCGGGCCAGAAUGAGAGAGGAGACAAAUGAUAACGGUGACACCAGUAAAGACGGGUUGCACCACGUACAUCACAGCCACUUCAAAGACUACAACGGCAGCAAGGAAAAAGAGGGGAAGAGUGAGCGGUCCCGCAGUCGAGAGGGAGGCAGGAGGCAUCACCAUCAGAGCUCGGUGGACAACAACGCAGGUGGAGGAAUCACGAGUGAGAAAGAGCAUCGGCAUCAUCAUUCACACCGGCAUUCCCGAGGGGGCAAUGGGAUAGUGAACAGUGGAGGGAGGGGAGAACGAAGAUCCCGCCACAAUGAUGAACGUUCUUCUAACAGGGAUGGGGAUAGGAAUUCCAGAGGAGACAGUGAUGCCAAUGGAGAGAGGAGAAGAAAUAGGACUCAUGGAUCCAAGGGCCAAUCCACAGUUGAAGGAGAGAAAUCCAGCCAAAGAGAGAAGACCCACACUCACAGGGACAGGUUUGGUAACUCAGUGGGGGAGUCCCUAGCUAUCUCACCCCAGCAGGGCCCUGGGGGGAGCAACUGGCUUCCUGCCCGACCAGAGGACUCAGACAACCAGAGGAACGUCAGACAAACUGGCCAGAGCUCCAUCCAAAUUCCUCCUGUGACUAUCACUUCUCCACCUGGAGAGACCACACUUAUACAAAUGAACAGUAUUGACUGUGAGACAAUGACCAUGAAUGAGAAGACCCUGGAGGAUCUAGGUCAAAGUGGACCCAAACCCAUCCUGCCUUACAGCUCCAUGUUCAUCUUUGGACAGACCAAUCCGGUGAGGCGGUUAUGUCACUAUGUUGUGACACUGCGUUAUUUUGAGAUGUCCAUCCUGGUAGUCAUUGCUAUGAGCAGUAUAGCUCUGGCAGCAGAAGAUCCUGUCUGGACGAAUGCCCCUCGCAACAAUGUGCUCAAAUAUCUGGACUACGCCUUCACUGGGGUUUUCACUUUUGAAAUGGUGAUCAAGAUGGUGGACCUUGGCCUGCUGCUACAUCCCGGUGCCUACUUCAGAGACCUGUGGAACAUUCUGGACUUCAUAGUGGUCAGUGGGGCGCUGGUGGCUUUUGCAUUUUCGGGGACCAAAGGCAAAGACAUCAGCACUAUCAAGUCACUGAGAGUUCUCCGGGUGCUCAGGCCUCUCAAGACUAUCAAGCGUCUGCCAAAACUCAAGGCCGUGUUCGACUGUGUGGUCAACUCUUUGAAGAAUGUGCUUAACAUCCUCAUCGUUUACAUCCUCUUCAUGUUCAUCUUUGCUGUCAUCGCAGUUCAGCUCUUCAAGGGGAAAUUCUUCUACUGCACAGAUGAGUCCAAGGGCCUGGAGAAGGAUUGCAAAGGACAGUUCCUAGACUAUGACAAAGAUGAGGUUGCUGCCAUGCCCAGAGAGUGGAAGAAAUAUGAAUUCCAUUAUGACAACGUGCUGUGGGCCUUUCUGACCCUCUUUACUGUCUCCACUGGGGAGGGCUGGCCAACUGUCUUGAAGCACUCUGUGGAUGCCACCUUUGAAGACCAGGGUCCCAGUCCAGGCUACCGGAUAGAGAUGUCCAUCUUCUAUGUGGUCUACUUUGUGGUUUUCCCUUUCUUCUUUGUCAACAUUUUUGUUGCUCUGAUCAUCAUCACCUUCCAGGAGCAGGGAGACAAGGCCUUGUCUGAGUGCAGCUUAGAAAAGAAUGAGAGGGCUUGUAUUGACUUUGCCAUUAAUGCCAAACCUCUGACACGCUACAUGCCUGAGAACAUGCAGUCCUUCCAGUACAGGAUGUGGAAGUUUGUGGUCUCAGCUCCAUUUGAGUACUCCAUCAUGAUCAUGAUCGCUCUCAACACUGUGGUACUCAUGAUGAAGUUCCAUGGAGCUCCAGACUUCUAUGAAGCAAUGCUGAAGAACCUCAACAUAGUCUUCACCACUCUCUUCUCUCUGGAGUGUAUCCUCAAGAUUAUUGCUUUUGGUCCACUGAACUACCUAAAGGACGCCUGGAACGUGUUUGACUUUGUGACAGUGCUGGGCAGCAUCACUGACAUCCUGGUGACUGAAAUCAAUGACAGGCUGCUGAACCUGAGCUUCCUGAGGCUGUUCAGAGCCGCUCGGCUCAUCAAGCUGCUGAGGCAGGGCUAUACCAUUCGCAUUCUGCUGUGGACCUUCGUCCAGUCCUUCAAGGCCCUGCCUUAUGUUUGCCUGCUGAUUGCUAUGCUGUUCUUCAUUUAUGCCAUCAUUGGGAUGCAGGUGUUUGGCAACAUUGAGCUGAAUGAGGACACAGCUAUCAAUCACCACAAUAACUUCCGCACUUUUCUCCAGGCCCUCAUGCUGCUGUUCAGGAGUGCAACUGGUGAGGCGUGGCAUGAGAUCAUGUUAUCAUGUUUGAGUCACAGAGCCUGUGACGAGCGAUCGGGGUCCCAUGGAAAACAGUGCGGCAGUGAUUUUGCCUACUUCUACUUUGUCUCCUUUAUCUUCCUCUGCUCUUUCCUGAUGCUGAACCUGUUUGUGGCCGUCAUAAUGGAUAAUUUUGAGUACCUAACCAGAGACUCCUCCAUCCUGGGUCCUCAUCACCUUGAUGAGUUCAUCCGGGUUUGGGCUGAGUACGACCCAGCUGCAUGUGGCCGAAUCAAGUACCUCGAUAUGUAUCAGAUGCUGCUCCACAUGUCCCCACCCUUAGGUUUGGGAAAGAAAUGUCCACCAAGAGUCGCCUACAAGCGCCUCGUCAAAAUGAACAUGCCCAUUGCUGAUGACAACACCGUCCACUUCACCUCAACCCUGAUGGCCCUGAUUCGCACUGCCCUGGAGAUUAAACUGGCCUCAGGCAUGGUAGCCCAGCGAUUAUCUGACGCUGAGUUAAAGAAGGAGCUGUCUACAGUGUGGCCCAACCUCUCUCAAAAGACCAUGGACCUGUUGGUGACGCCACAUAAACCCAAUGAACUGACAGUAGGGAAGGUUUAUGCGGCCCUAAUGAUCUUCGACUACUAUAAGCAGAAUCGAUCAAGGAGGCUGCAGCUGCUGCAGCAGCAGCAACAACAGAGCGCAUCAGGCUCCCAGUGCAAGGUCGGGGCUCUGUUUAAGCCAUUGCUGCCUCUGACUCACAUGCAGGAGAAAGAUCUGCCUAUGAUGUUAAACAGUGUGGAGCCUCCCAGCAUGCUUCAGCCCCAGCCCAAAUCCCAUGCCAACUUCCAGCCACAGACCGGACCUAGCUCCAACUCCCUCAACAAUGGAGGCACGCUAUAAAACAGUGGUGGGCUGCCUUGACCAACGGUAACGCAGUAGCUACACUCGCACAGAAUAGCUGGAGAAAGGACUUCACUCUGCCUCAUCUUGUCUCUUCAUCUCUACACCAAAACAGUUUACUUGUGAAGACUGGUGUAGAAUGGACAUUAAGAGCUUUCUGUAUUGGGCUGGCCUCACUAUCAAUGCGGUAAUCCCCCUUCACUUUUCCAGCAGCUGCCACACACUCGCUACGCUCAUCAUAAGAAGUGACUCUUCAAUGACUGCAAGUGGUGGGAUAACGCUACAGGACAAGAAUACAAAAAAAAUCCCUCUUUGGGUAUAUUUUGGGUUUAGUCCCUAUGAUGAAGAUGGUACUGAUUGAUCAUGAAAAUCCACUUGGAAAUGUGUCAUCUGUUGUUAAGAACUGGCUGUGGGCAACUGUGAUGUCACUGUUUUGGUGUAGGCGCCAUCUGUGGGCCAACUUGCACUAUUUCAGUUCUACGUUCAGUACAUGAGGAGGCACCACACAGAGAGAUGGAAAAUGUUGGUGUAAAAAAAAAACAACAAUAUUUUGAUAAAGUAGAUUUUCACUGUGCACUGUGAGGUGCACUUCCUAUUUAUCGAGUUUUUUGUGUCUUAUAUCUACUGUACAUCUUUACAGCACAAUCCCAGCAUUUCUCAAGAAUUGGUGAGUAGCCCUGAAGUUUACAUCUGUAGAUGAAAAACAUUUUGGCGGUUGUCAGACACGUGAGAUAAACAAGUUGAAAUGAACAUAAGUUUACUACAUCCUUUAAAUGGUUGUGGUAAAUAAUGAAAACUGAAACAACAGACAAAAAUAUUUAUUGAAGAAAUACAGUGUAAGAUGCAAGGUAGCUGUGAAAUUUGCGUAUGCAGCCUGCCAUGACUCUGAUACAAAACAAAAACGACAGUUCUGAAUUAAAUUAUGAAAUAGUUUCUUUUAGCCUAACUAAAUUUAGGUGCUCAGUAAACUGAGGUUCAGUGGACAGUUCUUAUUGCAACCUACCAGCAACUGUAUUAAUUGAGAUCUGGUUUUGACUGAUAAACUAAUUUAGACUCAGUUGGCCCUAUAUUUCCAGUACAAUAUG